CUUGUAGUUGUACCCUACGCAACAACUAACGGUUGCAGAACAUUCAGGACAUAAUGAUCACACAUCGUAUAACUUUACCAGAUCUCUUCCACAUGGACAUUGGGGGAGAAUUAGGCAAAUCAGUCCAAUAAUCAGGUAUGCAACGAAACGGCACUAUAAAUAAGGCCACCAUACAGACACCUGAGCUCGUGCCAGUACCAGCAAACGAAGGCAGUCGCCUAGCUAGCUAGCAGGGCUUACCCGACUCCGUGCGAGCACCAUGGCUUCGUCCACCGCCGGCGGCCAUUGCUUCCUUCUUGCUCUUCUCCUUCUCUCCUCCGCCGCCUAUGGGCAGCUCUCGGAGAACUUCUACGCCGCCACAAAUUGCUCGAACUUGGAUGAAAUCGUUAAAAGGGAGGUGUCUCGUACCUUGUUCACCGUCCCACCACCCGACGGCGGUCGCCGGAUGGGCGCCUCCCUCCUCCGGCUCUUCUUCCACGACAGCUUCGUUCAGGGCUGCGACGCCUCUGUUCUUCUGGACAUCAACACGGACGUGAGAAAGGGAAGAAUAAUAUUGUCGAGCGAGAAGCAAGCCAGCCCCAACUUCAACUCCCUACGCGGUUUCGAUGUCAUCGACCGGAUCAAGGACGAGGUCGAGAGGAAUUGCCCCGGCGUCGUCUCCUGCGCCGACAUCCUCGCCCUCGCCGCGCGGGCAGCCGUCGUCGCCCUCGAGGGACCAACCUGGCCGCUGUUGCUCGGCCGUCGCGACUCGACGACGGCGAACAUGACCGAAGCGAACAACGCCCUCCCGGGGCCGAACUCCAACCUCGACGAGCUCAUCGGUAAGUUCCACAACAAGAGCUUCAACGCGCGCGAGCUGGUGGCGCUCUCCGGCGCGCACACCAUCGGCCAGGCACAAUGCCAAUUCGCCGACCCAAAGCAGCAGAAAGCAAGAUGCCCGAACGGCGUCGUCGGCAAGACGGCGUCGCUCGACGUGCAUACGCCUGAGGUCUUCGACAACCGCUACUACGGCAACCUGACAAAGGACGGCCUGCUGCACUCCGACCAGGUGCUCACGAGCCGCGAUGACGUGAAGGCGUUCGUGGAGGAGUACAAAUCCAACCAGGACACCUUCUUCCGCGACUUCGCGAGCGCGAUGAAGAGGAUGUCGGAGUUGGGCGUCCUCACCGGAACGAACGGUCAGAUCAGGACCGACUGCAGUAGGGUGCUCAACUAGCUGUGUUGCCGUUGACCGGUGCUAGCCGCUGAGUACAACGAUCCGGUCUACCGUCUACUAUGUGUACCGAUUUAAUUUAAUUUUUGCGUCUGUGCGCGGUGAGUCGUCGCGUUCGCAAAGGGACAGCAGUUUACCACGAGUCUCUCGGUGGCUUCUAGUGUUUCGAGUGCGUGGAUCGUGUAAGUGCAGUUUACCACGCUCUUCCUUCCUCUUUUAUGAGUAAGAUUUUUAAGUCAAACUACUUUAAAUUUUGUAAAUGUUUAUAAAAAGAGUACUAAAAUUUACCA